GCCUGCCCUGAGUUCCUUUUUCAACCUUCACUGCGAGCGCGGUAUCGAGAGGGGCACCUUCAAGUAGGGGUCGAUAAAGAAGCACUUGUAAUAUUUAUACACACAUACGAGAACAAUGUCUUUUCUCUCUAUCAGCAGACUAGCCCCAAGGCUCCUCAGUUCAAAGAAUGCAGCAUGUCUCGUUGUGGCUGCCAGAAAUGUCAGCGCAUCCACGAAUUUGAAAGACGUCCUGGCAGACCUCAUCCCUAAAGAACAGAGCAGGAUCAAGAACUUCAAACAGCAGCAUGGCAAAACCACAAUUGGUCAGAUCACAGUGGACAUGGUUUAUGGAGGAAUGAGAGGCAUGAAGGGUUUAGUGUAUGAGACCUCUGUGCUCGACCCCGAUGAGGGCAUCCGUUUCCGUGGUUACAGCAUUCCAGAGUGUCAGCAGCUGUUGCCCAAGGCUCCUGGUGGCGAGGAGCCACUGCCAGAGGGUCUGUUCUGGCUGCUGGUCACAGGACAGGUGCCCACUGAGGAGCAGGUGAAUUGGUUGUCUAAGGAGUGGGCUAAGCGAGCGGCCCUUCCCUCUCAUGUGGUCACCAUGCUGGACAACUUCCCCACCAACCUGCACCCCAUGUCUCAGUUCAGCGCCGCCGUCACCGCUCUGAACAGCGAGAGCAGUUUCGCCCGGGCGUACUCUGAGGGAGUUAACAAGGCCAAGUACUGGGAGUUUGUGUACGAGGACUCCAUGGACUUGAUCGCCAAGCUCCCCUGCGUGGCGGCUAAGAUCUACCGUAAUUUGUACCGUGAAGGAAGCAGCAUCGGGGCCAUCGACUCCAACCUGGACUGGUCACACAACUUCACCAACAUGCUGGGCUACAGCGAUCCACAGUUCACAGAACUCAUGAGGCUCUACCUCACCAUCCACAGUGACCAUGAGGGUGGAAACGUCAGCGCGCACACUAGCCACCUGGUAGGCAGCGCCCUAUCCGACCCCUACCUCUCCUUCAGCGCUGCUAUGAAUGGUCUGGCUGGACCCCUGCACGGACUGGCCAAUCAGGAAGUGCUGGUGUGGCUGACAGCCCUGCAGAAGGAGCUCGGUGGCGAGGUGUCUGAUGAGAAAAUGAGAGAUUACAUUUGGAACACACUCAAAUCAGGCAGAGUGGUGCCAGGCUAUGGCCACGCUGUUCUGAGGAAGACGGAUCCCCGCUAUACCUGUCAGCGUGAGUUUGCCCUCAAACACCUUCCCAAUGACCCCAUGUUCAAGCUGGUAGCUCAACUCUACAAGAUCGUACCCAAUGUGCUUCUGGAGCAGGGCAAGGCCAAGAACCCCUGGCCCAAUGUAGAUGCACACAGCGGAGUCCUGUUGCAAUAUUAUGGCAUGACUGAGAUGAACUAUUACACUGUGUUGUUUGGCGUAUCCCGAGCUUUGGGUGUCCUCUCUCAGCUGGUGUGGAGCAGAGCGCUCGGCUUCCCUCUGGAGCGUCCAAAGUCCAUGAGCACUGACGGACUCAUGGCUCUGGUUGGGGCCAAAUCAGGCUAGAGAGCGAGAGACCAUGCCAGCGGAGUGGGGACAGGAAGGGGAAGAGCUUAAUCUAUUAGACACAAGUCCCCGGGCUAAGGGAUUUAAAGAGACAGUACACUUUUAAGUUUCAUCUAAAAAGGGCAUUUGUUAUUAACAUAAGAGCAAGAUUACACGUCCCAUUUACAUGUUUAUUAGUCUUUCAUUCCCAAAAUGCACAUUUAAAGCUACUUUAUCACGAGAAAUGUGUAGACGCAUUACACAGUCACUGCUUGCGAACGCUCCUUUUAAGUUUUCCCACUAAUUUUUACGACCGUAUGACGCAGCUAUGGAGGUAAUGAGGUGGUUUGAUGAAGAAGGCUGUGUUAUCGUCCAAGAACACAGCCGAGAGUGAUAUUUCUUUCCAGAAAUCACCGCUCUCCUUAUUUAAACCAAUAAAGAUUAUUAAAUACUAGUUCAGAAAAGUCAGUUCACCUUAUAUAGAAAUAAACCCUUAACCUUGGCUCUCACACCAAUUAUCAGUUUUAGUCUUGUAUUUUUACUUUCCUAAGGUCAGAUGUUCACAUGAGCCUCUGUUUGUGUGAGGAAAUGAAUUGUCAAAGCCCUGCUCUGAGCCUGUCAGAUAAUUCGACAAAGUUUGACUAGGCGUUCCACUAGUUUCUCCUUGUAAGAGCACUCCACGAUGGCAAUACGGUCCUCUCUCAAUAGAAUUGAUUCUAUGAGUUCAGUUCAACUUGGGAAGCUUGUACAUUUGUUUAAAAGGGUACUGCCCCUUUAAGUUAUCUCUCACAUUGCUCUCUGACUUCAACCAAUCGUCUUCAUCUUCCUGUCUGUUGUUUGGAAGCACGUGUGGUGCCCUCUUUAUUUGAAAUGCCCAGUCCUUUAUUUCAUCAGCGGACAUAUUGGCUUUGAUUUGUUGAAGGUUUGUGUCAUUCACAGUUAAGUUAUUGUAGUCGCAGGUGAUUCGUGUACCAACUUGAGAGCAAGUCAAAUUUGUGGCGUUUUAUUUGUGCAUUCAUCCAAUAGUGCUCACAAUCUGCUACUUUUUACCUAUUUCAAGUUUUAGUGCCCCCCCACCCCCCCAGUGUUUUGAAGAAUGAUGUAUAAAGAGAAAAGCUAUAAUUUUGUGUAGGUAUACAUAAGUUGUGGUUUUAUUUAUUCAUG